GAAGGAAGGGAAUUAGCAUUUUCAGCACAUAAGUGCGAAGGCACAUAUGUGAUUUCUAGAUGUCUUUUCAAUGACAUUGCGUCAAAAAACAUUAUGAACGUAUCUGAAAGGUUAACUCGCAAAUAUUAUUACAACAGAAGUGUUAUAUGCCUUGCCAAAUCACUCAUGCGCGUAAAGACCAAAUAUCCUCUUCUUGUUUUAGUACCAAAUCUCAAUAAUGAAGAAACGGAUCUUAAUAAUGAAGAUUAUACUAAACUUAUUAAAUUCGGUUUAAAUUAUGACUUUUGUUUCAUUGAAAUAAAAGAGAUUAAUCGUAUCUAUUUAAACGUGAAACAAUACAUAAUUGAUUAUUAUAAGGAAGCGUCAACUAAAAUAUGUGCCUGGGAUAUCGAAGGGUAUGACCUUGUAGGGCUUUUAGACGCGGAUAUGUGCAUCAUACGUAACAUGGAUGAACUUUUAGAAUUAAAUCUAAGUGAAGAUAAAAUUGCUGCAUGUCAUGCAUGCAAAU